AUGGACGCCUCUGAAUCUGAUCCCCCUCCCCCAGACUACUCCACCACCUCCGCAACCACAACCACAACCACCAAAGUUGGAGCCUGCAGUAGUGAUAGCAGCAGCAGGAAGUGCAAAGGGAAGGGUGGACCAGAUAACAGUAAAUUCCGUUACAGAGGCGUCAGGCAGCGAAGCUGGGGGAAGUGGGUUGCUGAGAUUCGCGAGCCACGUAAGCGCACUCGCAAGUGGCUCGGCACCUUCGCGACCGCUGAAGAAGCUGCGCGUGCUUACGAUCGUGCGGCUGUCAUCCUCUACGGCAACAAGGCUCAACUUAAUUUACAACCGCCUGGCUCUUCCUCCUCAAACUCCUCCUCCUCUUCAUCUCGCGGUGGCUUGUCUUCAUCUUCGUCUUCCACGCAGACUUUAAGGCCUUUGCUUCCUCGUCCCUCGGGGUUCGGCUUCUCCUCCUCUAUGCCCUACGGGGUAGUUCCCAAUUUAGUGCAGAUUCAACAACAAUAUCAGACUCCGAUGUUUGGCAAUGUUGGUGGUGGAAAUGAAACAAAUUUCGCUUAUUCAACUGAUUCGAAUCAGCAUGAUUAUCAAUAUCAGUAUUAUUGUCAACAACAGCAACAAGGAGUUGAGGGUAGUGUGUAUGAGGAUGUUAAUGCGCUUGUGGGAUCAGUGACUUCUAGUUUGUCCAUUUCUACUGGUACUACUCCUCAAGUACCAGUGGUUGCACCACCAGCACCCGGUCUGGAUCUGGGUAACCCGGUUGUGACGAUGGAUCCCGGAUCUCCGGCUGUGUGGCCAUUAACCAAUGAGUAUGAGUAUCCGUCGACGUCGAGUCUCUGGGAUUAUGAAGACCCUUCGUGGUUUGAUUUUUGAGAAAAACCUAAAAUUUCAAACAAAGGGUUUUUGCAUGCAGGUUCCUGCUCUCUCUCUCUCACAUCAGGGGUUUCAUUUACCUUAAGGAAAAGAUGCAAUUUAUACAAUUUGUUGGGAGUACUGGGAGAGAUUAUGAGUUCACAUAAUUGCAUGUUGC